AUGCACAGAAUAUCGAGAAUACCAUACAGAUUCUUAUCAUCCAAAGCCGACAGGUUUGUUCCCAAGAGUGGUGUAUACCCAAAAGGAUACAUCGUUGGUGGAAUACACUGCGGUGUCAAAAAGGACGGGAAAUCAUUCGACUUGGCAAUACUUCAUAGCACUCAUGGAAAAGAUGCAUCUGCUGCUGCUGUGUUUACCAAGAACAAGUUCAAAGCCGCACCAGUUCAAGUCUCUCAACGUAUCAUUAAAGAGACAAAAGGUGCAGGAAUCAAUUCGAUUGUGGUAAACAGUGGUAAUGCCAAUGCUGUCACAGGUACUCAAGGAAUGAGAGAUGCUGAGGACAUGUCAUUGGUGACGGACUCAAUGCUUGGAAACAGACCUAGCUCUACCUUGGUAAUGUCUACCGGUGUCAUUGGAAAUAAUUUGCCCAUCGACAAGAUCUUAUCUGGUAUUCCUAAAUUAGCAUCGGACCACUUGGGUAAUACUCACCAAGAUUGGGUCAAUUGUGCAACAGCCAUCUGCACUACUGAUACCUUCCCCAAACUUGUUAGCAAACAGUUCACCAUUGGUAAUGACACUUACACACUAGCCGGGUUGUGUAAAGGGGCUGGUAUGAUUUGCCCAAAUAUGGCAACCUUACUCGGUUUUUUCGUUACUGAUGCACCCGUUUCACCUUCAGCAUUACAACUGAUUCUCAAAUAUUCAGUUGAUAGGUCAUUCAAUAGUAUCACCGUAGAUGGAGACAUGUCUACAAAUGACACCAUUGUCGCUAUUGCAAAUGGUGCUGCCGGUGGGGAGUUAAUUGACCUCGACGCUUCAAAGGGUGAGAGAUUCUCGGCAAUUCAAAAAGAGAUUACAGAUUUUGCUCAGCAAUUGGCUCAAUUGGUUGUUCGAGAUGGGGAGGGAGCAACCAAAUUCAUCACCAUCAGGGUCAAGGAUAGUUUAUCGUAUGACGAUGCCAAAUCAAUUGCUUCGAGUGUGGCAAAUUCAUCCCUCUUCAAAACUGCGAUGUACGGAAAGGAUGCCAAUUGGGGUCGUAUACUUUGUGCCAUAGGCUAUGCCCAAGUGUCUAGUGGUGACUCAGUCAUCCCUUCCAAAACAAGUGUCAAGUUUGUUCCUGUAGAUGGUAGUGAAGACCUCAACUUGCUUGUCAAUGGAGAGCCAGAGAAGGUUGAUGAAGAGAGGGCAUCCAAAAUUUUGGAAAGCGAGGACCUUGUAAUCGAGAUUGAUUUGGGAACCGGUGGAGGCCAAAGUGCUGAUUUUUGGACGUGUGACUUGUCCCAUGAGUAUGUGACUAUAAAUGGAGAUUACAGGUCAUAA